GGCGAGCAAUAUUAUUCGAGAGAGGAGGCAUUUCAGCCUGCCCGCAUUAGCAAAGUCUGAACAACUUCUGUAUUUCCAACCACUUACAGUAUGCUCAAGGUAUGAAGCGGCCAUUGAGUCCGGAUCACAUCCUUGAAAAUGGAAGAAUGAGCACACCCUUUACAAACUGUAUUGAACACAAGGAAGCAAACAAUGGUCAUCUGGAUAUGCAGAUAACUCGGGAUAAGAAGAAACUGCUUUACUCUCUGUGUGAAGUAUGCAACAUUCAACUGAACACCGCUGCUCAAGCUGGGGUCCAUUACAAUGGAAAAUCUCACCUUAAACGUGUCAAACAGCUCAACAAUGGAAAACUCCCAGCCAGCACAGCCCCAAGCUCUGCAUUUCCCAGCACAAGCACAGCAGGAAGUACAUGCCAUACCAGCACAUUUCCUGGAGUUGUGCGAACACCUACCCUGAUGAUGCAGCCCUCAUUGGAUAGUAAACCUUUUAUGUCCUUUCCCAUGGAUACUAGUUCUGCUGUUGGACUCUUCCCAAAUUUUAACACAAUGGAUCCUGUACAGAAAGCAGUAAUUAACCACACUUUCGGAGUGUCUAGUCCUCCGAAGAAGAAGCAAGUUAUUUCCUGCAAUGUAUGCCGACUUCAUUUUAAUUCAGAUAACCAAGCUGAGGCACACUACAAAGGCACUAAACAUGCCAAGAAGCUCAAAGCACAGGAAUCCCCGAAAAAUAAGCAGAAAACUGCUUCUGCUAAGGACAGCGCAAAGACCAUAGUCAUUUCCAACAACUCUGACAAACCAGGAAAAAAAGUGAGGCCCAGUAGCACUGCUAAAGCUACCCCUCCUUGCGUUGUUGCCCCACCUCCGAUCGCUGCCCCACCUCCGAUUGCUGCCCUUCCUUUGGUUGCUGCUCCACUGUUGGUUCACAAUCUAAUUUCUAAACCUGCCCCCAAAGCAUUGACAGUGGCAACUGCUCCUGCUGAGGCAGUACUGACUGUAAUGAAGAACGGAGAUGGUCCUGCACCUGCAGAGUCUGAAGAGGAGAAAGCAAAGAAGCUCCUUUACUGUUCACUAUGUAAAGUAGCUGUCAACUCCCUGUCACAGUUGGAGGCACACAACACAGGUUCAAAGCACAAAACAAUGCUGGAAGCUCGAAAUGGAGCUGGUCCUAUCAAGGCAUACCCCAGACCUGCAUCCAAACUCAAGGUGCAGGCAAGCAUUGUUAAAGGGUCAGGCCUGCAGAACAAGACUUUCCAUUGUGAAAUCUGUGAUGUUCAUGUCAAUUCUGAAAUCCAGCUGAAACAGCACAUUUCCAGUAGGAGACACAAGGACAGAGUAGCUGGCAAACCCAUGAAACCCAAAUACAGUCCCUAUAAUAAACAACAACGCAGCUCAAAUGUUUUGGCAGCCAAACUUGCAUUCCAAAAGGACCUAGUCAAGCCACUGGCCCCUACAUUUCUUUCACCUUCAUUUUCACCUGCAGCCGUAUCGCCUCUCUCUCUUCACCCCCGGCCCAAUAGCGCACUCUUUCAGACUUCCGCAUUACCAGCAUCUUUCUUCAGGGCAGCACCUGGGCCAAUCCGUCCAACAGCAGGAUCAAUCCUCUUUGCACCAUAUUGAUUCUUUGACAGGACAUGACAAUGAAAGGCCAGUAGCAAAGGGGAAGUAAAGCUUGCACACGCUUAAGCGAUCCUUGCUUUUGGUCUAACGGAGUUGUGAAGUGUACACAACUGAGCAGUGUAUUUCUACAUGAAUGGAUACUUGGAUUUACAAGCUUCGAACAAAGGCUGUAUUUUUUUAUUGUUUACUCUUAACAUCUGCAUCUAAAGAGGUAUCUGCACUUACUAAAUAAGUUUUUAAAGGAUGUCUGUCAAAAAGAAUCGAAUCGAAAUAUGAAGAGCAUUGAACUGCUUCCUGGCUGACUUGAAUAUACCAUGGUCUUCCUUAUCAGUAAAACAGGCAUCUCCAGCCACAGAAGUAUACCAAUGUGUGGAUCACAUCUCAGUAACGGACAGUAUAUGAUUUUAAUUAUGUCUUGAUGUUGUCAGGGAUUGUGUAAUGCUGUUUUAGGCCUCAGUACUGUUGUAUUGUGUAGUAAAUUAGAUGUAUCAUGUCUAAUUUAAAGCUUAAACCUUUUUAUGCUCAUCUAACAGCUGCCUACUUUUGUGUUCAUACAUUUUUAUGCUUCCUUGGUCUUUGUACAUGUUACUUUAAAAAAUAAAUAAAUAAAUAACCUAGAUAGCCAUAAAAUGAAUUUCACAAUCGGUAUAUUUUGAUUGUAAGCUUUUUUUUGUUGUUGUUGUUAUAAGUUAUUUGGUAGCUUCCUCACUGGGUUUGUUGCUGAACGUUGUUAUGCAUUUUUCAAAGGAAAAAAAAACUGUGCUUGGAAAAUUUUAUAUACCAUUGAUCUUGCCAGUUAUUUGGCAGGCAAAUCACGGACCUUUCAUUGUUAUAUAGUUUUAAAAGAAUCCUUCGUUUGUAAUGGUGCUGCAUUACUCUGUGGCCCUUUGAUGCAAUAAUGUACAGAACAUUCGAUAUUUAUAUUUAAAAUUGUGUCUUUAAUGUUUACCUAACAUGUUGCAAUGCCACGUGUCUCAGAGGGAUAGUGGAUAUGUAGUGAACAGAAAUUAUUUGUAUUUUUAGAAUCUAAAGAAAGCAAACUGCACCACAACAAUAAAAAUCAAUAGAGUAUAUGUUUGUUAGAUUCUGUGGAGUAAUGUUUUGUGUGUAGUAAUUAUGUAAGACAUAAAAGUCUGUGUACAUUUGACAUGUACCCUUUUCAAUAAAAAAAGUUAAAAUGCA